UUUCUACAGCACUUCCGGCCAGAGCUUAAAGCUUCGCUGCUGGACCGUGUGCGGGGGGUGCCGCGGCUCAGAACACCUGUACUCUCGGCGCUCAGAUGGAGUUUCACUGUUGUUACCCAGACUGGAGUGCAAUGGCACGAUCUCGGCUCACCGCAACCUCUGCCUUCCGGGUUCAAGCAAUUCUCCUGCCUCAGCCUCCCGAGCAGCUGGGACUAUAGAUCUUAUUAUUUUGGAUUCUGGGUAUAUUAUAAUGAGUGACACGUUGACAUUGGAUGUAAUUGGUCGAAGAGUUACAGUUAACGGAGAACAUGCAACAGUACGUUUUGCUGGUGUUGUCCCUCCUGUGGCAGGACCCUGGUUAGGAGUAGAAUGGGACAAUCCUGAGAGAGGAAAGCAUGAUGGGAGCCACGAAGGGACUGUGUAUUUUAAAUGCAGGCACCCAACAGGAGGAUCAUUUAUUCGUCCGAAAAAGGUAAAUUUUGGAAUAGACUUUCUUACUGCAGUUAAGAACCGCUAUGUGUUAGAAGAUGAACUGGAGGAAGAUGGAAAAGAACAAAUUGUUACAAUUGGAAAUAAACCUGUGGAGACUAUUGGUUUUGACUCUGUUAUGAAACAGCAAAGUCAGCUGAGCAAGUUGCAAGAAGUUUCUCUGAGGAACUGUGCAGUAAGUUGUGCUGGUGAGAAAGGAGGAGUUGCCGAGGCAUGUCCCAAUAUUAGAAAUGUUGAUUUGUCAAAAAACCUGUUGUCGUCAUGGGAUGAAGUGAUACACAUUGCUGAUCAGCUCAGACACCUGGAAGUCCUUAAUCUCAGUGAAAAUAAACUAAAAUUUCCCUCCGGUUCAGCACCUCUAACCGGAACGUUUUCUGCACUGAAGGUGUUAGUCCUCAACCGGACAGGAAUAACGUGGGCCGAGGUGCUGUGGUGUGCCGCAGGGUGCCCAGGCCUUGAAGAACUCUACCUUAAGUCUAACGAGAUUUUCAUUUCUGAAAGGCCAACAGAUGUUCUCCAGACAAUCAGGUUAUUAGACCUUUCCUCUAAUCAAUUAAUUGAUGAAAGCCAGCUGUUUCUGAUAGCCCACCUGCCCAGGUUAGAACAAUUAAUCCUCUCUGACAUUGGAAUUUCUUCGAUACAUUUUCCGGAUGCUGGAAUUGGGUGCAAAACAUCCAUGUUCCCGUCCUUGCAGUACCUUGUAGUAAACGACAAUCAGAUAUCACAAUGGUCCUUUUUCAACGAGCUAGACAAGUUACCAAGCCUGCGGGCUUUGUCCUGCCUAAGAAACCCCCUGACCAAAGACGACAAAGAUACGCGGACCACGAGGCAGCUUAUCAUCGCCAAAAUUGGGCAGCUCAAGACCCUGAACAAAUGUGAGAUUCUCCCAGAGGAGAGGUUGGGAGCUGAGCUGGACUACCAAAGAGCUUUUGGAAAUGAGUGGAAAAAGGCUGGUGGACAUCAGGACCCGGACAAAAACAGACUCAGCGAAGAAUUCCUCGCAGCCCAUCCUAGAUACCAGUUCCUCUGCCUGAAAUAUGGUGCACCUGAAGAUGGGGAACUCAAAAGACAACCACUUAUGCUCAAAAACCAGCUAUUAACACUGAAGAUAAAAUACCCUCAUCAACUUGAUCAGAAAGUCCUAGAGAAACAACUGCCAGGCUCCAUGACAAUUCAAAAGGUGAAGGGAUUCCUGUCACGUCUUCUCAAAGUUCCAGUGUCAGACCUUCUGUUGUCCUAUGAAAGUCCCGAGGUAAGCUGCUUAGCAAAAUAUAAAGUCAAGCUUAAUCCCCAAACUGUGACAUUAAACCGUCUCCAGAUAGCAAGUUUGAUUCUAAAUGGAGGCCACAGAUCUGUUUGAUUUUAAGGGUAAGCUACUGCCUGAGGAUGGAGUGGGGCGGGGAAGAGUAUGUAUAACAUACGUUAUACAUACUGUCUUAAUCACAUCCUUUCCCACCUUUGUUCUAAUUUUAGAAGCCGGGCAGAGAAAUUGAGCUGGAAAAUGACCUAAAGUCAUUACAGUUUUAUUCUGUGGAAAAUGGAGACUGUCUGUUAGUGCGAUGGUGACCAACUAAUAAAAUUUAGAGACUACACUGCUUAUGUCUGGGGUUCACCAGAAAUAAAUGAUUCACUGGAACAAUUCUGUCAAAAAAAGGGGGGUUACUACUUGCCCUAAGUAUAACAAGGGAUGUAUUUUAACAAUGGAUGUAUUUUUUGUUGGGAAGCGACCAUUUCUAGGCUAAUACAUAAUAGCUAUAAUAAAGGCUUUGAACCUA